AUGAACAGGAAAACCAGGCGCUGGAUAUUCCACAUCUUUCUGAGCCUAGGCAUUGUCUAUAUCAAAAUAGGGGGUCUUUCUUCGGUCGUGGCUUUGGGAGCCAGUAUCAUCUGUAACAAAAUCCCGGGGUUGGCUCCAAGACAGAGGGCGAUCUGUCAGAGCAGACCCGAUGCCAUAAUCGUGAUCGGGGAAGGCUCCCAAAUGGGAAUCAACGAGUGUCAAUUUCAGUUUCGCAAUGGACGGUGGAACUGCUCGGCCUUGGGAGAGAGGACCGUCUUUGGAAAAGAGCUGAAAGUGGGUAGUAGAGAAGCAGCGUUCACCUAUGCCAUCAUUGCUGCUGGAGUAGCUCAUGCCAUCACUGCUGCCUGCACCCAGGGGAACCUGAGCAACUGCGGUUGUGACAAGGAAAAGCAAGGACAGUACCACAAAGACGAAGGAUGGAAAUGGGGAGGCUGCUCUGCAGACAUCCGAUAUGGAAUAGGAUUCUCCAAAGUGUUUGUAGAUGCAAGGGAGAUUAAGCAAAAUGCAAGGACUCUCAUGAAUUUGCACAACAAUGAGGCCGGGCGAAAGAUCCUUGAAGAGAACAUGAAGUUGGAGUGCAAGUGCCAUGGAGUGUCAGGAUCAUGCACUACCAAAACAUGCUGGACAACUCUUCCUAAAUUCAGGGAGCUGGGCUAUAUCCUCAAGGAUAAAUACAAUGAAGCCGUGCAGGUUGAACCUGUGCGGGCAAGUCGUAAUAAGCGUCCCACUUUUCUGAAGAUAAAGAAACCACUCUCCUAUCGUAAACCAAUGGAUACAGACUUAGUCUACAUAGAGAAAUCACCCAACUACUGUGAAGAGGAUCCUGUGACUGGCAGUGUGGGUACACAGGGCAGAAUGUGCAACAAAACAGCCCAGCAGACCAAUGGCUGUGACCUGAUGUGUUGUGGACGAGGUUAUAAUACCCAUCAAUAUUCCAGAGUCUGGCAGUGCAACUGCAAAUUUCACUGGUGCUGUUAUGUCAAAUGUAACACAUGCAGUGAACGAACAGAAGUCUACACCUGUAAAUGAAAGUAUGGCUUUGGCGGGGGAACCUAAAGCCUUGGAGUAAACACUUUUUUUUUGCACAUAAGCUCAGUGUACCUAAAUAAUACUGUAGCAAAGGCCCAAAUGGUUUCUAAAAGAAAAUCCAGCAAAGUAAUCCUGGUUUUCUUCCCCCCCCCCCUUUUAACAGUGUUUAUGUGGAUAUCGGUCAAAGACUUUUGGGAAUAGCCCAAAAGCUACACCAGACUUUUUAAAAAGAACCCAGAAACAAACAAUUCAUCUAAUGCCAAACAACUAACUUAAACUAUACUAAAAUAAAAUAAAUUGGGGAAAUACUCAAAUAAUCUGGGCCAUCCAAACAUGAUGGACUGCCUUACAGUUGGGGGAAAAGUUCAGUUUCCUUGGAGGAGGGACCCUUGAGACUGGAUGAAAGAGAUCAAAAGACCAUGCCACCAUGCCUAAAGUGUGAGCUGGGAAAGAAAUCAUAUUUUAAGAGGGGCUUUGUCCAGAAUUGGGUGACAAUGCACCAGUGUGAAUUUCCAUUGA